AUGCUGACAGCUAUGUCAUUUGGCGGUCGGGCCGGCAAAGAUGCGCCUUACACACCUCGGGGUUGCGAUAUGCAGUGGUUUAGCUCGUGGGAAGCGUGCGAUAUCCUGGGUCGGUAUUCUCAAGUUAUUCUCGUAGGAGAUUCUAUGCUGAGACACAUUAUUGGGGCCUUGAAUAUCGUAAUUCGAGAGGAUAUAGGAUAUGGCGGGGUUACAAAUUGGAACUUUGAUGAGGAAGAAAAACGCAAGUGCUUCUGUAACGGGCAAUUCGACGUCCGCGACUGCUCAGUCCAGGGUAUUUUCAGCACCACGGAUGUCAUAGAGCACGACCCUAUAAGCCUCACGUGCACAAGAUGGAUGCCCGAGUGGGACACAGAUUUACGGAUUGAGCAAAUUGUGCGAUAUCCCAUCCCAGAGGAAGAACAUCGACGGUUAGAAAAGGCGAUUGAUCCCAACCCCUUACAGCGAAAGGCCUUCGUUCUUGGUCAUGGGCUCUGGAAUAAUCUAGAGAUAGACCAAGCCUUGAACUGGCUGAAUCUGGUAUUGGACACGAUCGAAUCGAAGACGAGAACUAGCACGCGACAGCGGGGUCCAAACUCUAAAGGAAAUGUACCGGUUCUUCUGGUUACGCCAAACGCGGCUGGAGACAAGAAGCCGGAUGAGUGGAUUGUCAGCCAGGGCAAUAAGGCCCUCGUGAAGUUCGAGCACGAGAUGGCAGCUCAGGCGGCCGAAAGGGGAAUUGACCACCUCGGGACGUGGAACAUGAGCAUUCAAGCAACCCUAUACGACGGUGUGCAUAUGGAUAUGCGAGGAAACCUACUGAAGGCUCAGAUGGUGCUGAACUGGCUGAAUCUAUUGGACAGGUGA